UCUCCCAACUCAUCUCUGAAUGGACUAACUGUAUAAAUUUAAAAGUAUUGGAUUUUUCCGUAAGAGUCGCUAGUGUUACUUUUGGCUAACCUCAUAAGGAAAUUAGGGUCGCUUUUACAUAAAAGUGGGAGCUUCGUUCGCUACUGUUCGCUACUUCAUGUUCGUAUACUUGUCAAAGUGACAGGUAAACUUGAAGAAACGUGAUUAUAUUCAUACUAACUGGUAUCAGGUUUAAUUUAAAUCCAAUCUUCACGACAUGUCAGCUAUCAUAAUAUCCGCGGUUCGUCCUCGGACGAGUAUCCUCGAUAAGUCAUUAAGCAAAGGGAAAGCAGAGGUUAGUUUGAGCUGUUACGCACUUUUAUUUUCGGAGCUCGUUCAGUACUGUCAAAAUCGAGUUUAUACUGUUCCAGAAUUACAAACCAAGCUUGCUGAAAUGGGUGCUGAAGUUGGGCAUAGGAUCACUGAUCUUCUCGUGAUACGAGAGAAAGGCGGGAAACGCGAAAUUAAAUUGCUAAAUGCAUUAUUGUUUGUCAAAAGUACUUUAUGGAAAUCACUGUUUGGACGCGAAGCCGAUAAGCUGGAGCAUGCAAAUGAUGAUGAACGUACUUAUUAUAUUAUUGAGAAAGAAGCAUUAGUUAAUAAAUUUGUUUCUGUUCCAAAAGAUAAAGGGAGUUUGAACUGUGCAUCGUUUGUUGCUGGAAUUGUAGAAGCUGUCCUUUGUGAUUGUGGUUUUCCUGCAAAAGUGACGGCACACUGGCAUAAAGGGACAACAUAUAUGGUCAAAUUUGAUGAUGCAGUCGUAGCUCGAGAUAAACAGCUUGAAGAUCGAUGAAUAAAAGUAUUUUAGAAAAUUAUAUAUUUACUUUGUAUAAUUAAACUUUAUAACUUGUUCUACACUAUCUGCAAGUAUUUCGAAUGGAUUUAAAUAUAAGAUUAUUAAGAUGCAGAAAAAUGUAA